AAUGCAGGGGCCUCUUGCCUGUGGAUGGGGAGCUGAACCCUGGAGUGGGCUUUGGUGUGGAGGAGGGACUGCUCUCCCAGAUGGUGCAUUCUCCAGAAUUCAACCUGUUUCCUGACUCAGUGGUGUUUGAAAGUAAUUUUGUCCAGGCCAUGCUGGGGGCUGAUUUGCAGGUCAGGAGGCGCAGAAACUGGAUAAACAUCUACAAAGCCUCCAACACCAUGGCCCUGGGAGUGACCUCCUCCGUGCCCUGCCUGCCCCUUCCCAACAUCCUCCUCAUGGCCAGUGUCAAGUGGCACCAGGGGCAGAAUCAGACAUGGAACAGGCCACCUAUAGCCCCAAAUAUCAUCCUGAAGAGGAUUCUCCCGUUGAAGUUUGUGGAGCUCCAGGUCUGUGAUCACCUUCAGCGUAUCCUGAGGUUGCGGACAGUCACCGAGAAGAUCUACUACCUAAAGCUCCACCCUGACCACCCUGAGCCUGUGUUCACCUUCUGGAUCCGGCUGGUUCAAAUCCUACAGAAGGGCCUGUCCAUCACCACCAAAGAUCCCAGGAUUCUUGUCACUCACUGCCUGGUACCCAAGAACAACUGCAGCCCCUCGGGAGACUCUAACGCCCAGGGACUAGAAUUGGGCGGGAAUCCGGUCCACGCAACCCGGCGCGCUCGCGGGGACGUGGCGCUUUCCAACCAAUCCCGGCUACGCAAUUAUGCAACCAAUGGAUGUCCGGGAAAGCUCUGCGGCAGCGGUGACCGGGUCCUGUCCAACUUCAUCUCCCGGUUUGCGUCCGACCGGGCACUGUUUUGUGCCUCGCUGUCCUUGUUCUCCGCCCCUGGGCCCUGCCACUCCCUGAGUCCUUCGAACUAG